GGAUAGACUUCAAGAUUAAAACUGUUGAAUUACAAGGAAAGAAGAUCAAGCUACAGAUAUGGGACACAGCAGGGCAAGAACGAUUUCACACCAUCACCACCUCCUAUUACAGAGGUGCCAUGGGGAUCAUGCUAGUAUAUGACAUCACCAACGCCAAGAGCUUUGAAAACAUCAGCAAGUGGCUCAGAAACAUAGAUGAGCAUGCCAAUGAAGAUGUGGAGAGGAUGCUGUUAGGAAACAAGUGUGACAUGGAAGAUAAAAGAGUUGUCCCUAAAGCAAAAGGCGAACAGAUUGCUAGGGAGCAUGGUAUUAGGUUUUUCGAAACUAGUGCAAAAGCAAAUAUAAACAUUGAGAAGGCAUUCCUCACAUUAGCAGAAGACAUUCUUCGAAAGACCCCUGUAAAAGAGCCCAACAGUGAAAAUGUAGAUAUCAGCAGUGGAGGUGGGGUGACGGGCUGGAAGAGCAAGUGUUGCUGAACCUUCUCCUGUAUCACCAAUCGCCAUCCACCGCCCCUUUUUUCUCGCUGCAGAACAAACCACUCUGCCCGUUUUUAACCUUAAACCCGAUGUUUUGUUCCUCAUCUUAACGAGCUCCUGUCUCCCUUUUGUUUUUCCGUUUAGGACAGCUUGCGUACUAUAAUUUUUCUCAACAACAUGUGUAGGAAAAUCAUCUCCAUGACUUCAUUUCUUCAUGUACCUGCUCGACUUACCACUACGUUUUGGUUGUAUUAUAGUCCCGUUCCUCCUGACAUUAAAACAUCUAGCAAUCAUAUUCAACUCUCUUCUGCAAAUUGUAUAAGAAUAAAAGUUAGAAUUAACAAUUUAUUUUGUACAACAGUGGAAUUUUCUGUCGUGGAUAAUGUGCUUGAGUCACCAUAUUCUCUAGAUGCCAGGAAAACUCUCAUUUUCGCCUUGAGUCUGUCAAUGGGGUUUAUUUUGUCCUGUGCCUUAUGUGGAAAGAAACUUUUGUUUUCACUUUAUUUUAUUUUUUUUCCUUUUCUUCUGGUGGAAGCAUGUGCAGGAGACAUACCAUCCAUACUUGACCAUUUCAAAACACCGAACUCUUUUGUGAUUGCUUUCUGUAACUGUUGGUGUAAUGCAUCGAGGACAAAGGGUGGUGCAAAAAAAAAAAAAAAAAUUACAUUUAAUCUGCUGUGUCUCCUUUCUGGUGAUCUAGCCAUUCAGAACUGUUCCUGCUGCCGUUUUUUUCCCCCCCUCACUUGCAGCUCUUUCCUUUUGCCUGCAUGCUGCUUUUCUUUGCAUUUCUUCAUGGUGUGAUGUGUUAAUUAAAAGGAUGGCAACGCGCUACGUUUGCCAGAAGAUUUAAUACAAAGCACUGAUUUAGCUUUCGAGGUAAGAAAUGUUGACGAUACCUACUAAUGUCCCUCUAGCCAAUGUCAGUCACUAGUUUCUCCUCUCCUCCUGCAUAGCCGUUGGGUUUUAUGAUAUGGACGAGUUCUUUGCAUGCACUAGUUUUCUCUGGAGGGUGAUGUGGUUGUCUAUGU